GCUUCAAUUAACUCAUGAUUUCAAUUAUGUUUAUUAAAAGUAAGAAUGUAUCUUUCCACCAAAUUAACUUUUCACAUAUGGGCAGUAAAAGAUAUCAAAACAGAACAUAUUAUUCAAAGACAAAACAAUUCACCACUUCAGUAUGAAAUACUAGUCAAUAACAUCUGUCAUUCCAUUUCAUAAUUAACCUGGCCAACACUAGAAUCAACCACUACAUCACUGUUAUUCAACAAAGCAAGAAUAUCGACAUUUGUAGAAUAUGAUGUAUUCAUUGUAUUUUAUUGGUUUCAUUAGCACAUCAUUAAUUAGAUAUAAAGCAUAAUGUAGAUUUUAUGAAUUCAUCUAAAGUUAUCAAUAAACAGUCAAAUUGCACGCCAUUUAAAAUUUGCAGAAGUUAUGCCAAUUAAAAGACUUAUUCAGGAUAUUUGUAUUCAAAAAGAAUCAGCAGUUAACUUUCAUCUGGCAUGGUAGAAUUUCGACCGCUUUUUUCAAUCCAAUAUAACCAUAAUUCAAUGGAACUGAAUAUUGUACAGUGUCGAAUUCAUCUAAUCUGAGAGAAGCAAUUGUACGAAUGAUAUAUGAUCGUGAAGAUAAUACACCUUUAUUAUUUGCUGCCCCAGUACUUCACUUAAAUGAAACGAAAUUACCUUCAUUCUAUGGUGGAUGUAGACCAGAGAAUUUACCAAGUGAUUUUCGUGAACGUGCAUCAAGAGCUGUAUUUAAUAAAGAAAUCGAUUACAAAGAACCUGAAUUACCUGUUAUCAUUGAAUUAAUAUGUAACAUAUGUAAUAAAAACAAUUGGUGUGGUGAUCGAUUCACAUGUGUUAUAUGUCCUAGAGUUGUAUUAUGCCCUGAUUGUUUUAAAAAGAACCAUCACUCAGAACAUCCAAUGUUGAUUACUAGAGAUAAUGCAGAAUUUCCAUGUCCAGUAUUACAAGCAGUUAAAAUUGUCGCUUCAGAUGUUACUGUAGAAGAUUCUAGUGAUGAAGAAGAUGAACAAUCAGACUUAUCUGAUCCUAGAACAUCAUCAUCUACCACUGCAAAUGAUUCUGAUGAUAUUUACAAAACAAUUGAUGCACUUCGUGAAAUGGGUUUUAAACAGAAAACUAGUGAAUUAGUUGAAUUAGUCAUAAAAGAACGUGGUAAUUUACAGACAAUUGUUGAAAAGUUAGCUAAUUAAAAAUCGGUGUUCUCAAUGUUUUCCAGAGUCAUCAAUCAUCAAUUCCCGUUUCGGUAGAUAUCAUUGAUUAUUAUGGUUCUACCAAAAUUGGUUUAUAUAAUAACAAAUUAAAUGAUGUUCUUGUUUUUAUUCUUCUUUUAUAUACUUAUUUCAAACUUUCCAUAUUUUGAGCAUUUUACUUUUUACUACUUAUUAGUAAGCUGAAAUGGUUUUCAAAAAUGUUAGGUUGUAUGUGCCUUCUAUGGUUCAACUGUCAGUAGAUCGUGACUCACUAAAUUUGUAUUCAUAGACUCCUAACAGUACGAUCGUUCCCAAAGAGAAGGGUUAUGUCCCGAGAAUAAUAGAUCGGACAAUUCGGAAUUUUUUACAAAAUCAAAAUUCUUUUUGAACACUUCACAUGAAAAAUUGUAAUAAAAAAUAGAUUUUUUAACAGUGAGUAAAAUAAAAUACCAUGUUUAACCAUCAGACUAGUAAAACUAGAAAAAU